ACAAUUUAAUUUUUCCACUAUAAAACCUCACAAUUUCUUCCAUUUUUUUACCACAUUCAUCUUCAAUUCUCCAUCUACAAAACGAAAAAAAUGCAUCCUCAUAACCGUCCUUUUGACCCGAACAACCCGUAUGCAUACCAAGAAAAUAAUCCUAGCCCACCACCCACUCGUCCAAUGGCUCGUCCAUUUUUCAUACACUCUUCUAUGCCCGACAUGGCGGGUUAUGCAUCGUAUAUCGGGAAUCGUGUGUUUACUAACUUCCCACACACCGACGAUUCGAUACCUACCCCGUUUACACAAUCGCCCAUCGACCUUUCACCAACCUCCAUCGACCUUUCACAAAACGAAACCGUCCCCGAAACUCAACCACCCAACGAUGGUCCUUCCGCACCCCAACCCAUAAAAAAGAGAAGCCAUAAGAAAAAAACCGAGGCGGAUAAAGCACUUGAAACCAUCAAGCGAAAACAACUAAAAUGGACCGUUCCUGAAGAACUUGCAUUGGCGAGGGGUUGGUUUCAACAAUCUCAACAUUCAACUUUAGGAAAUUCUCAACAUCGAACCUAUUUGUGGCAAGGGGUUAGUAAAAUAUUCCAUGAAGAAUUGGGAAAAGAGGUUUAUCGUGAAAACGAUAGCUUAUCCUCGAAGUGGACCGAGAUAAGCACCCAACUUACAAAAUAUAGUGGUUUUUUAAAUAAAGCAAAACAAAACCCAAAAAGUGGUGAAACCGAAGCCGACAUUGUGACGAAUGCAUUGCUUCAAUUCAAGACAAAUGUGGGGACCGACUUCCGUUUCAUGCAUUGUUGGGAGAUUUGUAAGUUUCAUCCAAAGUGGGCGAAUAUCCCCAGUGGUAGCGAAAGCAACACGUCUUCCAAAAGGUCGAGGGCCUCAUCCCAAUCUGAUGCACGAGAUCAAGAGAUUGAGGACCUUUUUGAUGAUUCGCCAAGCCCAAACCGGCCUGAGUAUGGAAGAGAUGCCACAAAAAGGCGUGCUCAAAAAUCAAGAUCUGCUACGGCAUCACCUUCAGCUGGGAGUUCGCUCUUGCAUAGAGGAAUAUACAGCGACCAGUUGGAUGCCAUUUCAUCCAAGAUGGAUACAUUCAACGAUUUCCAACAACAAAGGGUCGAAAUUCGGAAGAGCAAAGAAGCUAGAGAUGCCGCUAGAGAAGCCGAGAGACAAAGACGGGAGGAUUUGAAAAUUCUAUCCUAG